AUGAGGGAAAGAAAUCCUUUCCUAUGGGAGCUAGAGAUGUGGCUGUUAAAACCUGAGGCUUCUGAAGCAGGUUCCAAAGCCCAGGUGCGGCUAGUGGAGACAGGAGGACAAAUCACACAUGAAGGCCAGUCUGUGACCCUGACCUGCCAGGCCUCUGGCUUUAACUUCAAGGAGUAUAUCAUGGCUUGGUACCGGGGGUUAACUGAGAGCCACAGGGAGCUGGUGGCCAGCAUCAGCCCCAAAACUGGCAGUGACAAAAUAUACAGCCCCAGAAUUCAAGGCAGGGCUUAUGUCACCAGGGACAAUGUGGACAAAACUGUCUCUCUGACCUUGAGCAGGCUUCAAAAAGAGGACUCAGUGGAACCACCAUUGCUGAAAGAGUCAGGGGGAGGCUCUCACCUAGCUGGAAGCAUCCUGAACCUCAAAUGUGAAACCUCUGGUUUCCAGUUCAAGACAAGCAAACUUGGCUGGUACUUUUGGGUACCUGGUCAUGCCCCACUAGGACUGAACAAUCUUGACAGUAGUUCUAUAGAUGUCACUGAAGACCGAAUCACUACCUCCAGGGAGGACAGUGGGAGCCGAAUUUUCCUACAGAUUAAGGACCUGGGCCUCAAAGAUUCUGGCCAAUACCAUUGUGUAAGGAGGGUGGGCCCUGGAGAUGACACAGACAGAUUGGUCUUUGGUCUUGGGACAGAUGUGACUGUGGAGCCUGGACUUGGAAACCCACUGUCACCCAGUGUGUUCUUGGUGAAGAGUCAGGAUGCUAUGGCUUGCCUGAUCAGAAACUUCUACCCCAAGGAAAUCCAUGUGUCCUUGGCAUCCUCUAGGGCUUUGAUCUCAGCCCAGACCCAUACUCUAGGUCCCAUGGCUAAUGGCAACUACAAUGCCAUCCAGGUUGGCAGGGUUGGUGAGGAUGAUACAGUAACCUGCUCAGUGAAGUACUUUGGGAAAGAGAUAAAUGUGUCCCACAAGCCAGAUCCUAUGAGACCAGACUCUGCAAUUGCCUCUGGCCAGAAACUAUCUUGCUCUGAGCAGGACCUCAUGGUAUUGCCCCCUUCAGAAGGACCUGAGCAGGGGAACAAGCUACUCUUUGAUGUGCUAGUCCUGAGAUUGCUAUUCAUGAAGACUGUGGCUAUCAAUGUCCUCUUCGGUGCCAUAGCCUUGAGCUUCUGAGGUAAAUGUCUAGCUUCUCUUACCAUUAAUCUUAGUCUCCUUUCUGUUUUCUCAGAUUUUCCUCUGUAGUUCAUAGC